UUAAUCCCAAUUCACAUGGCUUUCACUUUGUAAUCUUGUGGCUUCCUAAAUGUACCCCAUACCUUAAAGUCAUCCUUCCAUUUCUCAAAUAUAUCUUAGCUUCAAUCUUAUUAAUCAUUCUUCACAAGCUCGCACUUUCUUUGACAUCAAAGUAGUUUGAAGCCAAAUUCCUGCAUUCCGGCAUUCCUGCCUGGCAACUACACAUCACCCAAACUUUCUUCAGCCUUCCUCCUCAUUCAUCUACCAAUCUCACACAUUAUCAAUCAAACUGUUUUGCUUAAAAUUGGUAAAGCCUACUAGUCCGCAAGUUCGCCUCUCAUUCCUCCUUAAGUAUCAAGUUUCCUGCUGUGCCGAACAGUUCCGAGCAAUUUUACAAACCUAGACAACACCUCAGUAUCGAGGAUUUUCAAAUCUCAAAUUCAAGCGGCCAUAUUACCGACGCUCAACAUACCGUAGAAUACUCCAGUUGGUUGAAUCGGACUGUCUAUUCCGUUCUUUAUUAUCCUCGACUCUUUUCAUAGUGACUAGUCUUGUCUCACAGUUAGCCUUCACGUUAUUGGCGCUCGAUUUGGGUAGCAGCCGACCUGCCUCAACUGAUUCAAUUCGUGAUGGCAAGAGAAGCCAAUGAAAGAUUUGUUUUAUAGUAGAGCCUCCUUUCGCAACCAUCACGGCGCAUCCCAUUAUGUCUCAACUAGGCCAUGGCCUCAACGAACCUACAGGCUCGGAUGGAGAAGAAUUGAGCCGUUCAGACUCGCUGCGUGCAGCUGACAAGAAACCCGGUGAAAAAAAGCGAGGUAUGAAACAGCCGAGCAGGUUUUAAAGGGAUAAAUGUUUUGGCCAGCUCAUGUUUCGACAAGUCAUCUAACAUUCACAGCAUCGCGUGCAGGAUCUCGCAAUGUAUCAACAUUAAGCCCUGCCCAGUACGUAUAAUAUAUCAUGAAGUCCCUGGGCAAUAACUUCGGAUCCGAUACAACAGGACCCAAAUACUACUACGGAGAAAUAUGUUAAUCUGUUGUAGACUAGCAAGGAAAAGAGCCAAUGAUCGCGAAGCCCAGAGGAACAUUAGAUUAAGAACCAAGGUAUAACAAACUUCUUUCCGGCUCCUUUCCUACCUAUUUUAAUAAGACAACACGAUACUUUCAAACUCCGGAGCUCAUUUGAACAUUUUUUUUGACUGAAAUUGUAGGAACAUAUUGAGAGGUUGGAAGCUCGCGUCGAACAGCUUAUCAGUGGUAGUCAAAACGAAGCAGAGCUUGAAGAGUUCCGAAGACGAAACGAAGCAUUGGAGCUGGAAGUAAGACAAUUGAGUGAAGCCCUAGCACAGCCGAGAGACGAUGAUAGUUCAGGUAUGUACUCAUUUCCCAAAACUUCUUUUGAAGAGAGCCUCAGCAAAAGUUUUUAGGCCCUUUGCCGCUUGUUUGUGUAUUCUGAAUCGCCAAAGUUGGCCAUGUCAAGAUAUUUGAGAGGACGAAUUCCAAGCCAAGGACAUCAAACUAUAGUCAUUCGGUCAAUUGGUACAGCUUAAGCACCAAUUGGAUGUCUACAAUUCUGACACCUCUUAAACGUUUCAUCAUCUACAAUUAAUGGAAAUCCCACCGCUGACAAAAACCACACAAGGCCCAGAUCAGCCUAAUGAAUCAACUUUUCCGAACAAUGCAGAAAUUUCCAGUCCGUCGACACAAAAUAUUCCCCAAGGAGCCCCCACAACUGGGUUCAUGAACUCGCAUGAUUUUGAGGCGCCGUGGUAUCACCCGGCAACUUCAAUAAAUUCAAUUCAUACUCACCGGCACCCGUCCGGCGCUGUAUUUGAGCCUAUAGAUGGAGUAUCACAGGAACCAGCUUCUGUCAGUUCCUUAGAUGGGGAUAGUCAUUUUCAAUGCUUUGGCCCAAAUCCCUCUGCGAAUCUCAAUGACAGUAAGUUGCUGCGUUCUUUCAAAUCCUAGGGUCUUCCUCGCACAGCCUUUUUUAAAUUUUCGGGGUGAUGACCAUAUUGUAGCAGGCAAUUGGAUUCCAACUUCUCUUCCAUCAGAUGCUGUUCAAAGUACAAACUUAGCUGCCAUUUCAGGCCACGCACAACCGCAGCUGACAUUACAACAAACUCCCAGCUCGGCGAUUAUCGUCGCCCCCAGCCAAGCGAUUCCACCACACUUACCACCAUUCGAUGCACUUCAGCCUUGGGCCCUGCCAAUACUGAAUACAUCCUCGCCGACAUGUGGAGUUGACACCCUACUUCUAAACAUUAUACGCACGCAGAAAGAAAUCGCGAGACAAGGGGCAUCGGAAAGCGACAUCAUCGGACCUCCUCAACCUAGCAUGAAGGCUCUCAUUUAUCCUAAUGACCAAAAUCAGACUCACCUUAUCUCCACAAUGAUCUCGAGACUUCUUACUAACCUCACGAUCAAGGGUCUUGCGGAACGAGCCGGUUGCCUCUACCUGAUGUAUCAUAUUUGUCAAUGGCAAAUCUAUCCCUCAUCAUCGACGUAUGGCAAUUUGACAGACUGGACUUCGCCACGAACAUCCCAGCUAAUUACGCCUCAUCCUGUAUGGGUAGAUUCAAUAUUUUGGGGCAAACUGAAGGAUAGGGUCAUUGAAAAACAAGAACUUUACGCCAACGAAGAAUUUCAAAAUGCAUAUAUAAUAUGCAUCAAUGUAAAUUGGCCACGACCCGACUUGGAGGCAUUUAGGUUCGAAGGCAACGACAUAUUUAUUACCGAAGAAUUUGAGAAUCACAUCAAAACUCUAUCGAACUGGAGCUUGGACGAGAGAUUCGCCGCCAGGUACCCGGAACUAGCGCCUUUGGCCAGGAUUUCGGGGGUGGGAGGCGUAGGACAACUAGGACUGCAAGGACCUUACGUAUAGCAAGAGAACAUUACACGUGGAGUAUACCAAGUUGUUGUAGAUCGGAAUUGGUAGGAUGAAUAGCAAUAAGGAACACCAGUGGGUGCACAGAUCCAUGAAACAGAGCACAAGUAUCAUACUCAGAACUUGUAUUUUUAAUAUUCAAUCAAAUUUUAAUAUCCAAUAAAUUC